CAUGGUUCCGCAGGCAACGUGAACGUAAACAAGCGGCUCACCUCUGAGACGACGGCACCUGUCACAUCCUCUGAAACAGAAGCUGCUUGUCGAAGCCCAAAAUGGCUCUCAGAGUGUGCGCUCGGCUCCUCAGAGACUCGACCGUCUCCUCCAGACUGGUCACCGGCGCGUGUGCUCGACAGGAAAGUGCGUCAUGGUUCCUCACGGCGGGAAACGCUGCCUGCAGCCGAGGAGGGAGGGCCGGAUUUAUCUUCAUGCCCGCCUGUUUUAUUACAUCCGAGGCAUUUCUCGACAGACUGAUGAAAGGCAAAGCAGCCGAGGCAGACGGGAGCCUUUAUCGCCUUCCAGCCUCGGUUCCGCCGGACAGCGCUGAACAAUUAUCUUUGUUGCUGAGACAUCCAGAUCAGCCGGACAACUCGAAGGUUUUGAAGGUGGCCAUAAUUGGCGCCCCAAAUGCCGGGAAGUCCACAUUGUCCAAUCAGCUCCUUGGCAGAAAGGUGUUUGCUGUGUCCAAGAAAGUGCACACGACGCGGUCACGAGCCCUGGGCGUCCUCACAGAGGAUGAUACGCAGAUAAUUUUACUGGACACUCCUGGUCUCACCACUGUAUCGAAGGUCAAAAGACACCAGCUGGAGAAGACUUUGCUCGUGGAUCCCUGGAACACGGUCAAAGAAGCCGACCUAAUGGUGGUCUUGGUGGAUGUGGCGGACAGAUGGAUGUGCAGCAGGCUGGACUUCGAGGUGCUCAAAUGCCUGGCCCAGCACCCCGACAUCCCCGCCAUCCUGGUGCUCAAUAAGGUGGACCAGGUCAAGGCCAAGGACCGGCUGCUGGACAUCACGGCCGAGCUGACAUGCGGAGUGGUGAACGGACGCCAAAUGCGCGUCAGGCCGGUGAUCAGGCCUCCGUUGGCUGAAAAGAGGCCGGAGAUGGAUUCGGAGUCGCCGCUUGACGACGAGGACGGCGGCGGCAGCGCGGGGCCCGAGGGCAGCGCCGAGCCGAACUCUGUGCUGAGCAAAGAGCAGCUGAAGGCGCUGAAGAGCCAGCAGGGCUGGCCUCACUUCAAGGACAUCUUCAUGCUCUCUGCUGUGGACAGAGAGGACGUGGAGACGCUGAAGGAAUACUUUAUGGUCGGGGCCAAACCGGGACCGUGGCAGUACCACAGCGAGGUCCUGACCGACCAGAGUCCAGAGGAGGUCUGCACCAACAUCGUCAGAGAGAAGCUGCUGGAGUGUCUGCCCCAGGAAGUGCCCUAUUCAAUGACACAGUCGAUUGAACUCUGGCAAGAUGGAGAAAACGGCGAGCUGGAUAUUUCUGUGAAACUUUAUGCCAAGAAGGACACUCACAUGAGGAUGGUGAUCGGCACAGCCGGCCAGAUCGUAGCGCGCAUUGCCCGAGAGGCGGCUGAGGACCUGAGCCGCGUCUUCCUGAGGGAAGUAAAGCUGAAGCUCACAGUCAAGCUGAGGAAGUGAAGAGAGAUGGAAGGACUUUAAAUGGUGAAGAGGUGAUUUGAGACGACUCUUCUCGUGUGUUUUGUUUUUCUCUGCAAAGGACAGACCCAAAGAGUCGAACAAAGGAUAAGAUCUCCCACUGAGAUGGACCUGUUAAGAAGAACUGUAAAUGUUGACUUCUGCAUCCUCUGUCUUCAUUCGUGCAGUCUCAGAAGACGUUAUUAAAGAUUUUUAUGUUGACA